AUUAAAAACUUUUGAUUUACCAACAGGACACAGUCCUUCGUCAAUUCCGGAUUCUCACGCCUCGCGGUCCUUGCUGUAAAAGGGAAAAGUCCGCGAGGCGUUUGGAAUGUAGAGGUGUCGCCUACACGAAGGACACGCCUCCUCAUGAAUAUUCAGAAUAAGGGAUUGGGGCCUUAACCCUUCGCUGGCUGGCCGGCCGGAAGGCAGCCCCUCCCCCCCGCAGGCGGGAACAGGAUGUGAGCCGGGGCGACAGAGGGGGAGGGGAAGCCCCGGGCAACCGCCCCCCGCCGCACAGCUGGGACCGGACUCUCCCGCCCCAGAUGUGGCGCCGCCGCCGUCACUCGAGCCCUGUGACACCCAGCUGGGAGCCCGAGGGGUCCAGAGGCUCGGACCCCGGAGUCCAGAAUUUCUGCUCGGCAUCCUGAGAGACCCCGAAGCCCAGGCCCGGGCGCCCAGGCUGGAGGACUUUAGGUGCCCAGCGCCCCCUCCUGGAGCAGCCGGGAGCCCUGGACGUCACCCCGCGGGACCCUGGAGGCCGAGCGCCCCGCACCCCCGUUUCAAGAACUCAGGAUCCAGGACCGCAGACUCCCUUCUUGGCUCCGAUCCCAAGACCCCGCGUUGGAGGAACUUGAGAUUCGGACUUCUAAGGCCCCCAUCCAGUUUUGGGCUGCAGCGUCCAUCACUUCAAGGGGACCCAGGACUUUGGGACCCCCCUGUGCUACCACCUAGAGGGAGUUUCAUCCCUGCCCCUAAAGUUAGGGGAACUCCGGAAUCCACUCCCCACCCCACAGCCCUAUCUAGAAGACUCAGGAAUGUGGGUCCCCAGCGCCCCCAUCUGAGACUCCAGAGUCGAGGCUCCUAGCAUCCCCCACUUAGAACACCGAGAAAUUCCGACUCUGGGACCCUACUCUCCGAGAGACCCCAGAUUCUGUUCCUGGAGCCUGAGAGCCCGAAGUUCACGCCCCUGGGUCGGGGCUCCGAACCUCUCCCGGGACCGCGUCGGGGUCCCGCAGGAGCUGGGCUGCCUCGGGCCGGGGCUGGAGGCUUCCCGGGAGCCAAGAAGGGGGUCUUUCUACAGGACCCUGCUGGGCCGCUCAGCCAUGCCCGAGGGAGCCCAAGGACUGAGCCUCUCCAAACCUAGCCCAAGCCUCGGGUGUGGCCGAAGAGGCGAAGUGUGUGACUGUGCAACCGUGUGUGAGACUCGGACAGCAGCUCCUGCAGCCCCUGCCAUGGCCUCCCCACGAGGUUCUGGGAGCUCCACAUCCCUGAGCACUGUGGGCUCUGAGGGAGACCCAGCCCCAGGGCCCACCCCAGCCUGCUCAGCCUCCAGGCCAGAGCCCCUUCCAGGGCCCCCCAUCCGCCUACAUCUCUCUCCGGUGGGGAUCCCAGGUUCAGCUAAACCCUCAAGGCUGGAGCGUGUGGCCCGAGAGAUCGUGGAGACAGAGCGGGCCUAUGUCAGGGACCUCCGCAGCAUCGUGGAGGACUACCUGGGCCCUCUGCUGGACGGCGGGGUCCUGGGGCUGAGCAUGGAGCAGGUGGGCACGCUGUUUGCCAACAUAGAGGACAUCUACGAGUUCAGCAGUGAGCUCCUAGAGGACUUGGAGAACACCAGCAGCGCCGGGAGCAUUGCCGAGUGCUUCGUGCAGCGGAGCGAGGAUUUUGACAUCUACACAUUGUACUGCAUGAACUACCCGAGCUCCCUGGCCCUACUCCGGGAGCUGUCCUUGUCUCCACCAGCAGCCCUUUGGCUGCAGGAACGCCAGGCCCAGCUUCGCCACUCGCUGCCCCUGCAGAGCUUCCUACUGAAACCCGUCCAGCGCAUCCUCAAGUACCAUCUGCUGCUGCAGGAACUAGGGAAGCACUGGGCAGAGGGCCCAGGGGCCGGGGGCCGAGAGAUGGUGGAGGAAGCUAUUGUGUCCAUGACAGCCGUGGCCUGGUACAUCAACGACAUGAAGCGCAAACAGGAGCACGCGGCGCGCCUCCAGGAAGUGCAGCGGCGACUGGGUGGCUGGACCGGCCCGGAGCUCAGUGCUUUUGGGGAGCUGGUGCUGGAAGGCUCAUUCCGAGGAGGUGGAGGGGGCGGCCCCCGGCUACGAGGGGGUGAGCGGCUGCUCUUCUUGUUCUCUCGGAUGCUGCUGGUGGCCAAGCGCAGGGGGCUGGAGUACACCUACAAAGGCCACAUCUUUUGCUGCAAUCUGAGCGUGAGCGAGAGUCCUCGAGACCCUCUGGGGUUCAAGGUGUCUGAUCUGACCAUUCCCAAGCACAGACACCUGCUCCAGGCCAAGAACCAAGAAGAGAAGAGGCUGUGGAUUCACUGUCUCCAGCGUCUCUUCUUUGAGAACCACCCCGCCUCCAUCCCUGCCAAGGCAAAGCAAGUUCUCCUUGAAAACAGCCUGCACUGUGCCCCCAAAAGUAAGCCUGCCCCAGAGCCCCUGACACCCCCACUUGGGUCUCCUCGACCUCGAGAUGCUAGAAGUUUCACACCUGGACGAAGGAAUACAGCUUCAUCUCCUGGGCCCUCUGUGAUUCGCCGAGGCCGCAGGCAGUCUGAGCCAGUGAAGGACCCUUAUGUCAUGUUCCCACAGAACGCUAAGCCUGGAUUCAAGCAUGCUGGCAGCGAAGGGGAGCUCUACCCCCCAGAAUCUCAGGCACCAGUUUCAGGCUCUGGACCCCCUGAGGAUCUGGAGGAUGCUGGGCCCCCAACACUAGACCCCUGUGGGACCUCAAUCACUGAAGAAAUACUGGACCUGCUGAAUCAGAGAGGCCUUCGAGAUCCAGGGCCAUCAGCCCAUGAUAUUCCCAAGUUCCCUGGAGACUCCCAGGUGCCUGGUGACAGCGAAAGCCUCACAUUCCAAGCCCUGCCCAGCCGGGACUCUUCAGAAGAGGAGGAGGAAGGGCUGGAGAUGGAUGAACGGGGGACUUCCCCACUCCACGUCCUGGAGGGGCUCGAAAGUUCCAGUGCAGCCGAAAUGCCCAACAUUCCCAGCCUUACCAAAAUUCCUGACGUGCCCAACCUCCCUGAAAUUCCCAGCCGCUGUGAAAUUCCCGAAGGUCCCUGCCUUCCUAGUCUGUCUGACAUUCCCAGUGUUUUUGAGAUGCCCUGCCUUCCAGCCAUACCUAGUGUCCCCGACAGCCCCAGUCUUUCCAGCACUCCCGCCCUCCCCUGUGACUCCUGGCUCCAGGGGCCUCUGCAGGAACCAACUGAGGCUCCAGCCACCAGAAGAGGACUGUUCCCUGGAAGCAGUCCUGGGAAACUGGGGGAGCCCCCCUCAGGAUGCAAGGCAGGGCCGGAGGAGGAUGAAGAAGGGGUAUCAUUCCCAGACUUCCAGCCCCAGGAUGUCACCCAACAUCAGGGAUUCUCAGAUGAGCUGGCAUUCCGCUCUUGCUCAGAAAUCCGGAGCGCCUGGCAGGCAUUGGAGCAGGGGCAGCUGGCCCGGCCAGGCUUCCCAGAACCACUGCUGAUCCUGGAAGAUUCAGAUCUGGGUGGAGACAGCGGGAAGGCAGGAGCCCCGAGUUCGGAAAGGACAGCGUCGCGAGUGCGAGAGCUGGCCCGGCUUUACAGCGAACGAAUCCAGCAGAUGCAGCGGGCGGAGACUCGGGCAUCAGCCAAUGCCCCCCGCCGCCGGCCUCGGGUUCUGGCCCAACCCCAGCCAUCCCCCUGCCUGCCCCAGGAGCAGGUGGAGCCAGGGCCCCUGCCUGCCUUUGGACACGUGCUAGUGUGUGAGCUGGCCUUCCCACUGACGUGUGCCCAGGAGUCUGUCCCCCUGGGCCCUGCUGCCUGGGUUCAGGCUGCCACACCUUUGUUGAAGCAGGGAGGCAGCCCACAUGGCCAGGUUCUACAGGUUUCCAAUGCACCUGAGCAAGACCAUCUGGGCAUCCGCGUUUCAGCUGCUACCCUUUUGCCUGAGCAAGGAGGUUCCCGGCACUUCCAGGCUCCAGCUGCCACACCUUUGCCCAAGCAAGAAGUCCCUCCACACCUCCAGGUGCUGGCUCUUACAGCUUUCCCUGAUCAAGGCCACCCAGAAAUCCAAGUUCCAGCCACCACUCCUUUGCCUGAGCAUAGAAGCCACAUGGACAUACCAGCUCCAUCCACCACCUUCUGUUCUGAGCAGGGACACCAUGUGGACAUCCAUGUCCCCACCACUCCCGCUUUGCCCAAGGAGAUUUGUUCUGAUUUCACAGUUUCAGCCACCACUCCUGUGCCCAAGCAAGAAGGCCACCUAGACAGCAGGAACCCAACCAAUAUCCCACUAACGACGCAAGGAGGUUCCAGGGAAGUUCAGGGCCCAAACCCUGUCUGCAGUCAAGACAUCCAGCCUUUGCCUUUGUGUGGAAGCAGCCUGGACCACCGGGGCCCAGGGAACAUCCCACCACCCUUGCCGUGUGACCCCUCAGACAUUCAGACUCCAGGUACCUCACCUGUGCCUGCAUGUGGAAGCCACCUGGACCAUCAGAUCCCAGCCAGUGCCCCUUCGUCUUUGUCCCAGGACCUCCCAGACAGCCAGGCUCCAGCGGCUACACCUCCACCUAAGGAGCCAAGCCUUACAGACACACAGGUCCAAAAACUCACAGCUUUGUUGGAGCAGAAGAGCCUCACAGAUGCCCAUGUUCCAGCUGCCACCCCUAUACCUGAGAGAGGAGGCUCUCAAGACAUUCAGGGGCUAUUUCCCACCCCGGUUCAGACUACCAUGGUUUUGUCCAAACCAGGAGGCCCCUCAGCCUCUCAUCUUGCCAGGUUGGAGUCUUCAGACUUGACCCCACCUCAUAGUCCCCCACCAUCCAGCCGUCGGCUCCUGGGCCCCAGCGCAGCUGCCCUUUCCAGAUACCUGGCAGCCUCAUAUAUCAGCCAGAGCCUGGCUCGGCGGCAGGGACCUGGGGGAGAGGCCCCCACAGCCUCCCGGGGCUCCUGGUCCUCCUCUGCCCCCACAUCACGGGCAUCUUCACCACCCCCCCAGCCCCAGCCACCACCUCCCCCAGCCAGGCGGCUGAGCUAUGCCACGACGGUCAGCAUCCAUGUGGGUGGGGGUGGGCGGCUGCGGCCAGCCAAGGCCCAGGUCCGUUUGAACCACCCCGCUCUCUUGACCUCCACACAGGAAUCUAUCGGCCUUCGCAGGGCCCAGGGGGCUCCUGAUGCCCCCUUCCACCUGUGAGCCAGGAUAUGAGGCUUCCUUAAGAGCAAGGACUUCAGCCAAAUGCCACAGACUCUCAGAACUUGACCCAGAAGUCAGGGUCAAGUGUGAUCAGACACUGAACGCAGGCCUCAAAAGUGCUGCAGCUUUUCAGCUCCUGGUAUCUGCGUCAGAGAGUGGCCCUUCUUGCCUUGAUCCACAGGGAUGGGAAGGGGAUGUCAUUAAUGUUUCGUUAAUUAAUACUGAUGAUUUCAUGC